CUGUAAUUGGCUGAUGCCGUUCCGGAUGUAUAUGCAGUCUGGUGUGUUCUGGUCCAUCUGUAAUUAUUUUCCGGACAACAAGACCGUUAAACAUGGCUGUUCAAGCCGGGCGGUCCGUGGUGUUCGUGACUGGAAACGCAAAGAAACUAGAAGAGGUGAUUCAGAUCCUUGGAGAUAAAUUUCCCUAUAAACUAGUGUCCCGGAAGAUUGACUUGCCUGAAUAUCAGGGAGAACCAGAUGAGAUUUCCAUCCAGAAGUGCAAGGAAGCAGUAAAACAGGUUGGUGGGCCAGUGAUAGUGGAGGACACCUGUCUGUGUUUCCGAGCGCUGGAAGGCCUACCAGGACCCUACAUAAAAUGGUUCCUGGAUAAACUGAAACCAGAAGGGCUGUAUAAGAUGCUGGCUGGGUUUGAGGACAAGUCUGCUUGGGCUCUGUGUACAUUCGCCUUUUGUCCUGGGAAAGAGCAGCCAGUACAACUCUUCAGAGGAAUUACUGAGGGCUGUAUUGUUGAGCCUAGAGGCCCCAGAGAUUUUGGAUGGGACCCCUGUUUUCAGCCAGAUGGAUUUGACAAAACUUAUGCUGAAAUGCCUAAGGAGUUGAAGAACACCAUUUCCCAUCGGUACAGAGCUUUAACAGCCAUGUCAGAUCACUUCACUCAAGCCAAUGACAACAGCACACCAGAGAGCAAGAAGAAGAAACAUGAUGACUAACCACUGCUCAGGGAUCAGAUCACCCUUUUCUUCAGGGGGAUUCAAAACCUAUGUGUAGGUUUGUCCUGUCCUCAGAGAUUCAACCAAUCAGAAGCUUUGUGUCAGAAAGACAGUUCUACAUUGAGUUCAGUGAGUUCUUUCUCAGACCAUACACCAUCCUCCAUUAUUUACUUGAAUUUGUUGUUUUUGUACCUACAAAAGAAGAAUUGAGCUUUUUCUUUGUUCAGAGUCAGGUUUGUUAGUGUUAAACAUUGAUUCUGCUAAAAAUCUGAAAUCUAUAAUAUAUAUGGGUUUCAUGCACAAUAAGGUGGUUCUAAAACUCCUUGCACCCCCUGUCCUAGUGUCCUUCUUUAAACCUAUUAAAUGAGAACUUCAGAUCCGUUCUGUCCUCUAAUAGUUUUUUGAGAAGUAGGUCAAGAAGCAGAGUAUGCAAUUCAGAAUCUUUCAUUAAAAAAAAUAAAUGAUUUUAAAAGGGCAGUCCCCAAACCAA